AUGCAUCUCUCGCAGAUGUGCCUCCUCGGGGCUUCGCUAGGCGCCUGUCUGUUCGCCGAGGCCAAGCCGCUCGAAGACUUGUCGCAACAGCACGUCAUGGCCGAGCCCGACUCGACGCAGACCGCACAAGGACCUCGAGAGACCGGCGUCGGACACUUCAGCAAAUGGUCGCGCGAGACGAAGAGGCGCUUCCUCAUCGAUUGGCAAGCAGGGCGGUCCUCAGAGUGGACAAUUGUCCAGGGCAACGAAGGCGGCGAUCUCGACUCCAUGACUGCCGCCCUCACCUGGGCGUAUCACCUACAGCACUCGACUUUCAACACGUCGAACCCGAUCAAGGCCAUUGCUCUGCUGCAGACCCCGACCGAUGCCCUCGAUCUGCGACCCGAGAACAAGAUCGCCCUCGACAACUCCCAGAUGAGCUCAGGCCACUCGGACCUGCUCACCAUCGAAGAGCUUCCUGAGGAUCCGGAGACGCUGGCAAACGACAUCAAAGGCAUUGUGAUUGUGGACCACCCUGUCCCGCUGAGGAAGUGGCACGAUGCCAAGCUCCUGAGCAUCUUUGACCACCACAAGGACAACGGCGCCGGGCCUCAUGCGGAGCCGCGCAUCUUCGAAAAGGUGGCGAGCUGCACGACCAUUGUCGCGCGCCAGAUGCUCGACGAGCUCGAGGCCCUGCCGGAAGAGUACCACAUGCCCCACGAGCUUCUCGAGCUCAUCCUGUCGGCCAUCGCGAUCGAUGCCGGCGGACUCCGAGAUGCCACCGAAGAGGACCGCAAGACGGCGCAGCGAAGUCACGCAUUCAGUGGUGCUCAGACAACUGCGCUGAGUGGAACGAGAUGUGUUUUGUCUGGCUUCCCCAUGCGCUUCGGUGCAGGUUAUAGGCCAGGGGUUGCUGUUGAACAGCGGCCGCACGCAAGGGGCCUGUCAUCACAUCCAGCAAGACAUGAGCAUCGCGAUGCUCAUUCUGCUUGCGCCCACGUUUUCAACACAGCCGCCAUAAUGAUCACUCUUCGUCGGUCGUCGCGACGGCCAAUCCUCCUAUGUAUCUCGCUCAUCCUGCUUCUCUUCUGGCACUUUGGCCUACCACCCAGUGUAAGGAGGCAGCCAAAACCCAUACCCGAUACGCAAGGCGUGCUAUACCGCCGGUCUAGCUUUGAUUGGGCCAACCUGCGGCGUCAGUAUCCUCGCGACAAGCUGCUCCGUUUGCCCAAAGGCGACCCCAUCACGUUUCCCAGGGUCCAGCGCGACCCUAGCCAGUCCAGCAGUCCCGCCACGGCUGUCGAGGUCAUUCAAUCGAGGCGCAAUGCCGUUCUCAACGCCUUCCGGAGGAGCUGGGCGAGUUAUCAAAAACACGCCUGGACCUGGGAUGAGCUGAUGCCCGUCUCCGGACAGGGCAAGAAUCCCUUUGGUGGUUUCGCUGCCAGCAUCGUCGACAGCCUCGACACCCUCUGGAUCAUGGGUUUGCGCCGAGAAUUCGACCAGGCGGUGCAGGCGGUGGCCCUCAUCGACUGGGACAACACGACCAUGACCUCGAUCAACAUGUUCGAGACGACCAUUCGCCAUCUGGGCGGCCUGCUCUCCGCCUACGACCUCAGCAGCGAGCCCGUGCUUCUGGCGAAAGCCACGGAGCUGGGCGAUAUGCUCUACGCUGGUUUUGAUACCGAGAACGGCAUGCCUCCGUUUUGGUUCAAGUUCUCCGCAGCCAAGUACGGCCACCAGGUCGGAGGUGAUCGCGAUUCGUCCGCCUCUGGAUGCUCAAUGUCCAUGGAGUUCACUCGUCUGUCCCAGAUCACGGGCGACCCCAAGUACUAUGACGCCACGGAGCGUGUCAAGCAAUUUCUCCGCGACACCCAGCAGGAUACGCUGAUUCCCGGCAUGUGGCCUGCCUUUCUCAACUAUCGAAAGAUGCUGGCCACCGAUACCCACUUCACCAUAGGGGGCCAGGCCGACUCGCUGUACGAGUACCUGCCCAAAAUGCACGCUCUCCUGGGAGGCCGUGAUCCGCAGUACGCCAAGAUGGCCGAAGAGGCGUUGGACACCGUCUCCAAAAACCUCGUCUUUAGACCUUUGAUUCCCGAUAAUGCCGAUAUUCUUUUUAUUGGUGACACCAACGCCCACAAGACGCGGGCCAACGAGCAUGUCCCGGAGAUGCAGCACUUGUCAUGUUUCGCCGGCGGCAUGUACGCCCUGGCCUCGCGCCUGCUCAACCGGCCAGAUUACAUGUCGAUCGCCGAGAAGAUAACACGCGGCUGCGUGUGGUCCUACAAAGCCUUCCCCACGGGUCUCAUGGCCGAGAUCAGCUCUCACAUCUCCUGCGCCCAGCUCACCACGCCACCCAAUACCGACCUUCAAGCCGCCUGUGAGUGGUCCGAAAAGGCGUGGAAGCUCCAGACGUUCAGCCGUGGCAUCCAGGACACGAUGCCUAUGGGCUUCCGCUCGGUUCGCGACCCGCAUUACCUCCUGCGCCCCGAGGCCAUCGAGAGCGUGUUCUACAUGUGGCGUAUCACGGGCGCCGAGGAGUGGCGCGACGCCGCCUGGGACAUGUUCCAGGCCAUCGUCAACGCCACGGAAACGAAGCUGGCGUACUCGGCCAUUCGGACUGUCAUUGUUCCCAAGGGCGGGGAAACGGAGAAGACCGAUUCCAUGGAGAGCUUCUGGUUCUCGGAGACUCUGAAGUACUUUUAUCUCAUUUUCUCCGAUGACGACGUUUUGAGCUUGGAUGAAUGGGUGCUGAACACUGAGGCGCAUCCGUUCAAAAGGCCACGCCCCGGAUCUGCGUGA